ACCAAUCCUUCAAAUUUCAACCUCUCAGGAUGAAUCUAUCAAUCUCUUCUAUACAGAAUUAAAUUUACCCAGCUUAUUAUAUUUCCUAAUUCUACUAAAUUUAUUCUCAUAUUCGCAAACUUGUCUAAUUUCGUCCAUCUUUGUGCAUAAUUCAAUCCUUGUUUUACGGAGUUCGAUUCUAACAACCUUCCAUUUCUAACUAAUUUGAUCAAAAUAUCAAACCACUUUCUUACCUUCUCACCAUAUACCCAGAUUUCCAGAUUUUCACAUUCCCCAUAAUCUGCCAUAAGAUAAACCUCCUCCAGGUGACGUGCCUAAUCAUGGCAUCUAAGCUUUCUUCAUUCGAUCCGACCUUGUCUGGGAUAUCAGCCGGUCUCGAUUCCUCCAAUGAAUUUGAUCAAACGGCUGUUUUCGCAGAUUCACUAGGCCUCGACGACGAUCCUUUGUUUCCCACAAACUGGGACGAGAAUACCCCGCCCUACGACGGUGGUCUAUAUUCGACCCCGUUGAAUUGGGAUCCCCCUCCAAUGCCGAAACAAGAAGACCUUCAAGACAUAGCUCCAACAUACAACAGUAUGAACUCCAACGGUGGACUUACUGCUGCUCAACAGGAGAAGUUGCGCGAUAUUGCAAUGCCACCGCACCUACAAUACCAAAGUCAACACAGUCCAAUCUCCACCACCUCCAAGAGCAAUUCCAUUUCCUCGCCCGAAUCACAAGAUAUGAGUCGCAAACGCAAAUCAUCCGCAGAAGCCGACGAGGACGACGACGACGAGUCUGGAGGUCAACACCCACCGGUCAAGAAGACGGCUCACAAUAUGAUCGAAAAGAGAUAUCGCAAUAAUUUGAACGACAAGAUUGCAGCUCUUCGGGACAGUGUACCAAGUCUCAGGAUAAUGCAGAAGAGCGCUCGUGGUGAAGUUACGGCUGAUGAUCGAGACGAGCUACAAGGUUUAACUCCUGCUCAUAAAUUGAACAAAGCAACAGUGAGUCUUUUCUUGAUCCUUAUCAUGCGUUUGUGAGUCGAUCUAUCUGCAGCUGUGAUAAUGGCUUCAAAACAUGUCAUGCGAGUCUCAAAAAAUCACGCCACUAUUUUCGUUCUUCACCAUUCAUCCAAGGUUCAGCAUCAUGCUAAUCAUCAUCCCUAAAUAGGUCCUCUCCAAGGCUACUGAAUAUAUUCGACAUUUAGAGAAGCGCAAUUCACGUUUGCAAGAUGAGAAUAAUCAAAUGAAGACACGCAUCAACGCUUUCGAAAAGCUCUUCGUCUCUGGAUCCAUGGGCUUCGGUCCUAUGCAGCAACCAAUGAAUCCAUAUCAAUACGCUCAAGAUUUCAACACCCCAGGUCCUUCACCUUCCUCCGAUCAAGGUAUGAUACCUGUACCCGACGACAUGCGAAGACUACAUGGUCAAAUGAGUCAAGAGGCUUUUGCCGUUCCCACACAAUACAUCAACCGUCAACCAAUCGGUCCUAAUGCAUGGAAUGGAGGAUACUUUGGCAAGCUCAUGGUUGGCUCUCUUGCAGGUCUCAUGCUUAUGCAAGGCUUCUCAGAGGCAGAGCAAGACACUGAUACACCUGGCGCUCGUGGUCUCAUGGCUCUUCCUACUCAAUUCCUUAGAGCUAUGAGCCGUGGUUUUCAUUCAAUGUUGGAGGUCAACUUUAAAGGCUAUCACCUUCCAGCAAGCCAGACUAUCCACUAUCUUCAAUACUCCCUCGCACUCGGUCUUCUCCUCUACAUCUUCCUUCCUUCCUUAUUCACCCCCAAGCCAAAGGGAAAGGGUUCCAAGUCUGCCCAUUUAGUCGCCGCACCGUCACUCGCCUCUUCUAUCCAAGUUAGGAGACAAGCUUGGCUCACAGCGGUUCAAACUGUUUGGGUACCGAGACACAAUUUCUUUCUCGAGGCAGCUGCUCUUUGUAUGAAGGUUGGCAAGUGCGCAUGCCGCAACCUCGUGGGACCCUCGCUCUAUUCUUUCUUGACUGGUACCACCGAAGAGCAAGAAGUUGCUCGGAUCAAAGCCUGGUCCAUCGCUCUUGAUGCCCAACUGACUGGUGGCGAUGUUGAAGUCAGCAAAAGUCGUUUGACAUUGACACUAUUGGCAUCUGGUACACUGCCUGAUACUCCAGCACGCUUAAUGCUCAAAGCAUUACACAUUCGUGUUUUAUUAUGGGAGUUAAGCCAGAUUGGAUUCAUCGGUUCCAAAUUCAUUAGAAACUGUGCCCAGGAAUUGGCUAGAUGGAAAUGGAACGAGGCAAAGCAAAUGCAGCAAAUUCUGUCACAAUCCAAAGAGCAACAUGACGAACUUCCUGAAUAUCUUGCUACUCUUCUUGAGCAAAAAUGCGACGAUGUCUUGGUAGAUACAGUCGUACAACGUGCUUACAACCUCGCAUGGAAUCUACCCACUACCAACAACACAAAGGUCAACUGUGGUAUGGACCGUGUUGUGGACGAUUUUGCUAUUCGUAGCCCUCUCGAUGCAGUCGCAGCUUGGUGGUCAAGUAUGACUCUCCACAAAGCUUUGGCAAAGAGUCUUGAGGUAGAGGAUGACGAUACUGAAAGCUAUAAGACUAUUGCGGAUGAUAUCAAAAUUGCCAUUCAGACAGCACCUCCUGGAUCCGGGGCUCAAAUCCGUGCUCUGGUGGCACGUGCUGUUCUCGUCAGAGAGAAACGUGGACAAAGUAUCGCUAUGGCUCUCAAGGCAGUUGGUGCCGGGCAACAAAAGAUGCCGGUGGAAUCAAAUGUCAACAUCAAAACCUCUGUCGCCAACCUACCAGACAUUCGGACUUCAAUCCACUGCGCGAUGGCCCUUGCUUAUUUGGAACGCUUCCCAAUGCCAGGUAAUCCUGAGAAUGCCCCAAAGAUCAUUGACUCAAUCGUUCCAGUCAAUCUCACUUUACUUGGCUUCACUGCAAUGUUCAAACUUGUUGAAAAGAUGCAUGAGCACACUCUCGUCGCCUCAGCCUGUGCCGUAUCCUUGGAGAAGUUUGCUGGCAACCUCCGAAUUUGGAUCGGUGGCGUAGAUGGUGAGAAGAGUGGUCUGGAGACUGACUUGAAGAGAGAAAUGGUGGAGAGAUGCUUAACGAUUACUGCACAAGUUGUUGGCAUGGAAAAUGAUGCUGGGUAUGGAAGCAUGAGUGAGGAUGGUGACAGUGAAGGAUGCUGAUGAUCAUUUUCAUUUCAAUAUUUUUUGGCAAAUUUCUCAGAAAUCAUGCAUAAAAUAAAUCCGAAGAACAGACAAUAUCUUUUGUCUUACAGAGUUUUUCGGCAUUUGGGACGGCAAACGGGAAUAUUUUUCUUGUUAUUUAUUGAAUCAACUGAAAAGGAUACCAGGUAUGCAAGUCUCAGGAAUGGUGGGCGUUUGAGGUUUGAUCUAGAUGCGAUAGUAUCAUAGAGCACUGCAUUGGGCUAGUUUGGUUUGUGGUCAAAUGCAUGCGCUCCUUUUCAAUAAAUUUACUCUUCAAAUGAAUUCCUGAUGCAUUUCUCGUGUUUAUUCUAUCAUU